AUCCUCGAAGCUUCUUGACAACAGAACAAUCUGCAUAGUAUCAAGUGAGCGUGGUGGUUUAUUUAUUUUUAAUUUUAAUUCAAUAUACAUGUAGAAUAACUUGUCAAAGAAAUGCUGAUGAAAUUGGUUUGUUUUUUUGGUGAAUUUUGCUGCCUUAUUUGGAUGAUUUUGUGAUGAAAUAUGAGUAUAAUUAUUUAGAAUGUUAAUUGUUACAACAAUUUGUUGAAGAGUUCUGAAUGAAAACUAAGUUAGCUGAAAAAUCUGACUAGAUUUUGAUUUUAGAUGAAAAUGGCAACAAAAUUGAAACACUGGGGUCCAGAUUCAAAAGGUUUGAGUUUUGGACUAAAGUGGUAAAAGUGACCAAACCUCAGAGAUCAUUAUGGCAGUUUACGCUUAAAUUUGUGAAAGUGUAAUUCCAUAAUGAUAUUUAAACUAAUAAUACCAAUAUGUUCUUUUUCAAACGAUAAAUAACUUUCAAAAUAUGUUUUUUGUAUGUGUUCUUAGGUAGAGAUGCACAAAAAAACCCUUUAGCCUGACCUGGAACCAGUUCCUACUUGAUCCGUGGGUACAUACUAGUUUUGAACCCGGGUGUAGAAAAGGAACCGAAUCGGGCCCAAUCCUGAAACACCGGACCUAGUUCCACCUCUACCCUGUCAAAACCCGGACCCGAACUGGCCAAAACCCAAAAAAAACCUGGUCGAAAACCCGAACAUACCCAGAAUCGGUUCCUUCUCUAUCCGGUUCUUGACUUUGUUGACCAAACCCGGACCCGAUUCGUACCCGGAUUCAGGUUCUAAAAAAACCCGAUUUGUGCAUCUCUAUUCUUAGGAAGUGAAGGAAGUCCUGAUUUUGAGGAUCCAAAAAAGUCACAACCAAAGAAUCCUCUCCAAAAUUAGUAACCCCUAAAAAAUCUAUUACUUCUCAAUCAGACAAUCUUUCAUUAUCCAUUUCUAGAUCCUGUAAAAUAAAACAUACAACAGAAAUCUCCAUUGUUUUCUCUCAUAUUCAUAUGAUACACACGACAUUGAUCCGUUGUCCACCCUUUCGAUACUCCUACGAAAGGGUUUGUGUGUUUUCGGUGAUAACCUUUGUUUAACUGUGUCGAUAGAUUCGACACGAAAGCUAUGGUGAUGAUAUAGUCUGCAAAAAUAGGGAUAUAUUAUAAGUCAUGGAUGAAAGUCAUGAUGAUCAAAAUUUUAGAUGUAAAAUCAAGAACAUAUGGAAUAAAACCUGUGUAUUUUGUUGUAAGAAAUAUCCAAUUCCUACAAGUAUUGUGAUCUUAUUCUUUCUUUUGUAUCUGUUCUUCCCUUUUGUCUUCAAACUUUUAAUCUAUUCUGUCCCUCUCGUUGGAUUUCCGCUUCUUGUUCAGAGAGUUUUAUCGGGUAACAACGAUCGUCAAAAGAUUAAUAAACAAGUUGAAGAUGAUAGGAGGAAAAGGCUUGCAAAGUCGCGCAGGAGUUUUAAGUCUGUUUAUAGUGAUCGUAGUCGCCUUAUUCGACAAAACACCCUAAAGAAAAGUGACGAUACAAAUGCUGACGACAACGAUAAUAUUUUCUUGAAGAGUUUACAUGAUCUUUUGUCCGAGAAAAAGUCGAACGAUAUAUUUAAUUUUGAAUCUUUUGUUGGAAAAGGUGAAAGUUCAUCCUCAAAUGAUAAGGUUAAAAAUUUUCAUCCUCAAGUGGUUGAUAAGGAUCGUCUUGAAGAUGAUGACAAGCCAAAAGAUCAUAAUAAGGUUGUGCGAUGGACCGAAGAUGAUCAAAAGAAUGAGAGGGAUCUCGAUCUUGCAGAAGCCGAAAGAAAUAAGAGGUUGCAGAGUCUGAUGGUGAGAAGAAGAUCAAGAAAGAAUCUUGGUUUUGAGGAAAGUGGAUCAUCAGGAAAUGUUGAAAUCCCUGCGGUAAAAACCACGAAAAUAAAUCCGUUUCUUGAAGAUAAAUCAGAUGGUAAAAAAUCUCCUGGUUCAGCUCCAUCUUCCAUGAUAAAAACAAGCAAUCCUUUUGACAUUCCUUAUGAUCCUCAUGAAGAAAAGCUGGAUCUUACUGGAGAUAACUUUCAUGAAGAAUUCACACUUGUUCAACCGAAAGAGCCCGUGUUUAGUAGACAUCAAAGCUUUAGCUUAGGUGCUUUAUCGCGUUCAGUUAUCGCGCAUGACAAACAUGAAAUACCAUAUUACAAAGAUCUUUCCGACAAGCAGAAGUCCGCCAUAGGAUUUGUAACUUCAACCCUUGCAGAUAAUGAAGAUGACAACAAACAUAUGCAACAAGAUAGUCCAAUUUCAGAUGAUAGCAUCGUCAGUAACCAUCCGAAAGAAGAAGGAACCGAAAUAAAACCUCAGGAAACUGAUUCAUAUGAUGAGCGAAAAGCUGAUAUUAAUUUCUUCUAUGGGAACAACAAGAAAUCACACCAUGCUGUAAGCUAUUCCAUGGUUUCUGACAUGCAGGUUGAGCUUUCGGAUGAAGAUUCUGUCCCUACCAUUGAUGAUCUAGACGUAGAAAAAGAUAGAAAAAGUUUGUUAAACUUGUCAAACCCUCAGACGGAUUCUGAAACGAACGAGGUACAACAAUCAGAUAACGUGUUGCAUCAGACUAACAAUGAUUCAGGAGAACAUCCAUUUCGUGACAGAGAUGUAAAUAACUUACAGGAUCAAAAUGUUCGUCAAUUAUAGAAUCGAAACGAAGAACCAGAUAACUCUGCUAUGCUCAGUGACUCCAGCAGCAAGAUGAACAACUACACUACAAGAAACAUAAUCAAAGACACCAGAUAUACAUAAAAUUUGUAAACAUAGGCCAUCCCAUUUCACUAUGAAUGCCACUGCAAGAUACACCACUGAAACCGCUGAUGUUAUCAUAUUAAAGUGAUGUUAGAGUCUAGCUUUGUACAUUAAUCAGGGGUUUUGUCCUUUUUUUACAAGUAGAAGUAGUUGGUUUGAACAUAUAGGUUAAUGCAUAUAUUACUAGUUGAUAAUUUGGGA